UGUUUGAUCCUGACUUCUCUGAUCCUCCCCUUCUUCCAGUGUCUCCCUUUUAUCUCCUGAUAAGACAUAUCAUGUGUUAACACUCUGCACAUGCUCAGUUUUUUUUUUCUUGGGAGAGUGCAUGUAAUCAGCACAGGGCCAAUCAUCACUAUCCAGACAGAGGUCAGGGUUUUACAUCCUCCUAGAGCAGAAAGAAAACUCCUCCUACCAGCUUUAAGCAGUGCUCUGCUGGACACUGAUAGAAGUCACAAGACUGCUUUAACUGCUGAUGAGAAAAGGUAUUUAGCAGCUUAUAUUUACUAA